CAUUGGGUGGAAGCAAAAAAGCCGCCAUAGGCACACCAGAUCGGUCCAUUUGAAAAUUAAGUGAAUUCUAUGUAUGUAUGGGUGCGUAUCGAGCUGUGAAAAGAGAAUUCCACACACACACGCGGUAUGCGCAUUCGUUUUUUUUUUUUGGCUACCCGUAUCCCCAUGACCUCGUGAUGACGGAGGUGAAGGAAGGAGGGUGUGAUGGUAUGCUUGAGUUGCUAAAAGAUAGAUCUCCGAUAAUUUAAUCAUACAGCAGUUGUUUAGUGUGUCCUUUACUCUGUUUGUAUAUGUGUGUGUGUGUCAGUUUGCUGUCCUUGCUGUGUGGUGGAAAGCCCAGGGAAACUUCGGGCCUAGCCCAGUGAGACGACGAAUAGUGAAAAAAACCCCCCGGAAUCAGCGGAACUUCGACAAAACGGAAGGACAUCCGAUAGAGCAAAUUAAAUCGGAUGCGGCUUGAAGAAGCGUACAAAGCUUGUUUGUGUAUGGGCGUGUGUGUGUGUUUGUAUGAACCGCGGAUUACGAACUCCGACAUCGACUGGUCCAAAGAGCGAACCAAUUUUCGCGCGCGACCAUUACCAUCCUUCAUCGUUCUUUAUGACCGCCGCUGCGGCAGUGCCGUUUGGGAAUGUAUGUAUAUAUGAGGCAAAACGUGCGAAAUACAGCCGAAACAGGAGCUUCUCUUUAACCCCUCGGUAUUGCCAAGCAGCAGCGGGAUGAAAAAUUGAUCCAAGUAGGAUUGCAUCGAAACACGAAAGGGACACGCGAAACACACGACAAAGUUGGUGCGAUGGGAAGGGCGGAGGAGGAAAAGGAAAUUGUAGGUCACUCACCACCAUUGCGUCCCCUGUUCGGUUGGUGUGCUUCAUUCAUAAGAAUCAUGAUUCGCUUUUCCAUCUUGUCUCUUCCCCACCUCGCUUCCUCGCUUUAUCUUCUUCUGCUCUCUGAACCAACGUGCUGGAUGCGGACCCCGCUGGACAAGGACCCGGGGAGAAACACGUACACUAAGUACGGGGGGGGGGACCUGUACAUCUGCACCGCCGCGCCGCGGUGUGUGAAGUAACAUUUCGACCUUCUGCUCAUCACACACCACACGCGCUGCUCGCACAUUCCAGGAUAUGUUAUUGUGUGCGUGUGUGUGUGCGUAUGCCUCUGCUCUCUCACACACCCAAAACACCGCGCGAUGGAAUGUGCGUUGGUAUGCGUGAAACACGCAGCAACCAAAAAAACGCACACUUUUUCACGUGUGCACCAGUGUAUGUGUGUGCGUAAAUAGUGUAGACGCAUCGUGAUGGUCUACUAUUGCUGCUGCUAGAGUGUCCUUUUUCUGGAGUGUGAAGUGUCCUUUUGAUCGUGGAAUGCUUUGCCAUUUUUCAACAAAGCCGUUGUGUAUCGCUCCAUGAGCAUUAUCGAUUUUGCUGCUGCGAGCAUUUAGCCUGUACACGUGCUAGUGCGUGCCUGUGGGUCGUUGAACACGUGGUCCAAAAUUUUAAUCCCAAAAUUACCAUUUUCCACACCGUCGUCGUGCUCUGUUUCCUGUCCGUACGAACAAGAACCUUUUAGGUAUUUCAUCAAAGCAGCCCGUAUUUGUGUGUUAGUGGAGUACGACUACCGCGAUGUGUGUGUGUGUUAGUUCGUGUAGUUUUUUUUCCUGUUGUCGUUCAAGUGCGGUUUAAAUGCAUGUGCGCUACAGGAUAUGGGGAGUGGGAAAUCAAUCAUAAAACCACCAGCAGCAGGAAAAGUGCUGUCUCUUCCGUGGGUUUCCGCUUUCGUGACACAUAAUGGACUAAAUGUGUGUGUAUGUGUGUUUGUGUGUUUUGUGCUUUUUUUUCUUACCCUUUCUCGUCCUCUCACUUUCAACUCUCCGUUAUUCUCUGUUUGUAUCCUGCUCUCUAGCGCUUUCACUCUCUCUUUCGCUCAUUCGCUUACUCUCCCUAUAUGUCUAUCUCCAUCUCGCUCUCACUCUCGCUCGCUCUCUCUCCUACUCUCGUAUACUCACUCUCGCCCGCAUUCCAAUUUCUUUUUCCACACCUUUGUGCGCUGUGCUGCUGCUACUGCUGCUGGUGGUAGUGGUGGUGGUUAAUUUUCCGCGCCUUCGACGCUCACGGUUCCAUGCUCACCUCAAACUCUCACUUUUUUGCCUGCGCCUCCAUGCUUCUCGCAUCGAUGGAGGCGCCUAGUGUUUCUUCCUUGCGGAACACGCACACACUCACACAAAAACUCACGAAAAGCACCGUCGGCAGCGGUGGUAGUGGUGGUGGUGGUGGUGCUGCUGCUGCUGCGUGUGCACGGGAUGCUUUGUUAUGUAAAGCCUGCUCCCGUUUAGCACGCGCUCUGCUAACCGUGCUUCCUGUACGACCGCGGUACAACCGGAACAACCAGCCCGCAUCUUCCACCGUUUAGCCUUCCGGCGGCAACAGGACGGGGCAAAGGAAGGGGCGCUAAGAAAUGGACGGAGCGGUGAGGCUGAAGGUUCAUCAUUGCGAAUUUCGGACGGUGUAAACGACUUACUACAUACACACUCCCCGCUAGCUCCUUGUCACUGGCACCGUGGCGCAUUGAGGAAACGAUUUUUCAUUUCAAGCUGGCUGUCAAACGACUGUUCAAAACAUUCCCAAACGGAUCGAUCAAGUGUUGCUUGUGCUGCCGCUCCACUGCCUACUGAUUGUGUGUUACCCCAACUAGUGUGACAAUUUUUAAUUAAACGCAAGUCCUUACGCCGUUCGGUUUCUUUGCCUUUUUUCCCUAUGGCCGCAUCCACACGCCGCGCGCUUCAGCUUUGGCAACCGGACCCAGUAUCGUGUACGGUGAUGGGGGAGGGCCCCCUGACGGGAGAUGCAACCACCCCAACGUUACAUACCGUCAGUUUCUGAUUUAUACGGUACGGACGAAAUAGAGUUCCUGCUGGACGAAAUACGGGAUCUCGAACCAGCCUGCUGUCAGCUGGAGGACAUCCAGGACUUUGAAAUAGCUGGCAGCAGAGCAGGGGAGCUUUCCAUAUCGCUCGAAUCACCGAUCGGCACGUGCACGUCCUGGGACUCGCAUGCACAUUACCGUCAAAGGAUAGGGAACACACCGCUACCGUGGGGCGUUGCGCUGCACUGCGACGCCUCACAUCUCACCAGCCCGACCGGCAUCGUGCGGAUACUGCUGGUGGUCUCAUCCGCCGCAUGUCUUGCCUGUGAGUGUUCCGCCGGCACGGUACAGGUCGGUCUGUUUCUACUGCCAUUGAUUGGGCGCCUGAGGUUGAUGGUUUUUUGCGCCCUGUUCUCCUUGUUAGUCACCUGUUUGAUGCUGUUUUUGGAUAUCUCACACAUAGCGUUAAUGUUUCCCUUCAACUGGGGAAGAUUGAAUGCAUGGAUGUACCUGACGAUUGGUUUAUUAUUUAUUGUGGGUUCAUCAUUGCUAAUACAUAUGGUAUUUUUCGCUGAAGAAUUCAUGUGGGUGCCAAAGCACUCGAAGGACACACUAUUCAUAUCAGCGAUUCUUGGCUACAUCUGCUCGAUCGAAGCGUGCGUGCUGGCGGCACUGACAAAAUGUCCGUCCCAGUACCGGCACGUCAUGGACGAGUACAGCGAGAUGUGUUUGGAGGAGCGCGAGCUGAGCCCCAUCUGCAGUAACGACAUCACCAACCACAACCACACUACGGCUUCGAACGAUCUGUCGAACCAUCGGAGCUACAAUAAAAUCGAAACGGGUGAUAGCAUUACGCCAACGUGUAAUCAAAAACCUUACAUACCAGUGAAACGUCCCGACCAAUCGUACAACCAGCGACCUACCCUAGGUAAUAUGCAGAAGUCGAAUCACCGCAAUCGGCAGGGUUACCACUAUCAACCAAUCGCCUCAACCUCCCUGCAAAGUCCCACGUUCGUGCUGGACGAGGAUGCGCUGCCGGGCCCAUCGUCCCGCUCGCUCGACUACUCCAGUGCGUGAUGAUGUACUGCACCGAUAUUGGGGCGUACUGGGCGGUGGAAUGGUGAGCCGGCAGCAUCGGUCCGCUGGUGGUGGGGGUGUUGGUUUUAUCAAAUAUUCGAGGCGUUGGUUUCCGUUUCUAGAGACGUUUGUCUGUUAAGUAUUUCCUAUAAGUAUUAAGAACGCAGCCACAGUCACACACAGCCACACACCACAUACUCACACAGCCACAUCUACAACAUUCGCUAUUGUUUCAGUGCAAUUUUUCGUAGUUUGCUGAAACAAUCACACACACACACACAGACACAUUCACACUCAGCUCCGAGAGACAAAAAAAGGGAGCGCUCCAUUUGUUGGUAAGAGCGGAGUGGGAGGUGGUAGAACUUCGACGAGACAAAACGAUUAAACGAUACCCUCGACAGGAAUAUGUCUACAGGAGUGUCUUACCGGUAGCGCCAUUUGAUGCGAAGGCAAAUGUAUGUUUUACCCAGACAUUUUAAGACCCUGGAGUGGACGUUUGCUAGAAUAUAAGCUGCAGUUGGGCCACGUGGACAGGGAUAAAGUAUAACCGCUAGCCCAACAGUGACAUCGGUUUUAAUGCGAAUGGGUUAGUACGUAUGUUACAAUAUUUGGAUUCGUCUAUAGGUCGGUUAAACAAGGCACCUGUUAAUGAAAGUAAAAACAAGAAGAAGAAGAAGAAGAAGAAACAACCAGACAAACAACAAACCAGCAAAACCGACAUCGAGCAAUCGUUGCAUCAUCCCUAUUCAGUUGCUCGUAGGCAUCGGGGGAAAGCGUUACUGAAUUGCUUCCAGUAGAUCUCUGACGACAACCUUCUGGCACAAAACUUGCAACACAUACACACACACACAAAACACGCAGACACAUCCAUCCUUAACACUGUUAGAGCACACUACAGCUAGCUCCAAAUUAGCUUUUAUUAUUUCGUCUUUCGGGAUUAAAACUCUUCAUUGGAGGAUUCACUUCCAAAUGGACUCCCUCCCCCAACUGGAGCGAUCAACAUAAAGCUAAAGAGCGCAUAGAAACUCUCGUUUUGAUUAGCAUCUCGCCCGCAUAUAACUUGCUAUCGUAACCUCGUUAUCUAUAUUUAAAAAACAAACAAACGAUCCGGGUAUCCAGGUACUAUACUGACAAGAGGUCACCCAGAGUACUGCUGCCCCCUCGAAACAAACAUAGAAAUACUCUAGCGUCCGUCCUAUUUUCCCAACAAAGAAGAAGAGCAGAAGAAAAAGAUACCGAAGCAGAGGCACGAGGUAGUAGAGGAAUGAAGAACAAUGAUAACAAUAUAUUUUUGUACCGACAUCUUUUCUGCAAGCCCGUUUUCAUUUGUCUGCCUUCGUACCGUGUGUGAAGCCAGUUUAAGUAGCCCGUAGUAGAGAUAGUGCUAGUGCGAGAACCGGAAGAGAUCAAACCGUUCGAACGUUCGAAUGGUAGGUGAACAGUGCGUAGCUUCUGAGAAGGAUUUAUUUGGCUCUUUCUUUGUUUUUGGGGUCUUAUCUACUACUCAUCUCAACUAUCCCCGUACUCUCCUAGGGUAGCUGGUUUUGCUUAUAGGUGUGUGGAAUUAGAACAGCUCUAUCAACAGUGAACCGCGAUUGACGUUCACCCUUUGGUUUCACAUUCGGAUAGAACAGUGAUCCAUUAUUUCAUUCGCCCCCUUUCUCAUCUCUUCCCUUUUCUAUCUAUUUCUCUCCAUAAUCUGCCGUCCAAUAAAUAAAACAAGUUGCUGUUUUAGUAGCCUGCAAAAGUGUCGGGCGCUAUCGGGUUUUGCAAGAUGCAGUAGCAGAAAGCAGGGUUCAUCUCCUUAGUGUACUAGAAUCGUUUGGUAGUACAGCCGCAUCCACUCAAAGUGAGCCUGUUACAGCAAAAGAUACGACAUUGUGCAAUAGAUAGAGAUGAUGAUGUGAUCAUUAAAAAAAAUGAAUCGUUUAUUGCGUUCUGAUUAGUGACGCUUGUGCGCAGCAACGCGAUUUCAUUUGAAUGACGCACAGUAGGGUUGAUCUGUUGGGACAAUAAUUGUAACUUACAGCAAGAAGAAAAAGUAAUCCUUCCUUUCAGUACGUAAUGCAUGGGUCUGCAGUCCCUUUGCUUUGGUACCAUGGUAUCCCGAAAAAAAAAAAUGAUUCGACAAACGAAAAACAACAAAGACAUGAUAGAAAGCACGCCAAUGAGGUCGCGUCAAUCGAAAAAGCAAUAGAAUCUCUCUGUAUCUCUCUAUCUCUGUGUUUCCUAUCCUACUAUCCUAUAUCGGUGUUUUUUGUGUUGUAUUAUCGUUUAGCGCCUUUUGGUUUGUUUCAUUAUCCAAUUUUGUGUAUUUACUUAGCCCGGUAGCCGGUAGGAUACAACCAUUGCUGUAUCUAAAACGUAAGCGAAGAAUGAUCAAGCAGAAGAAACCACAUAUAAUCGACAAUAAUCCACAUAACCCCGAUGAAAGAUGGACAUCGUGACGCAUCGCAUAUAUACUAAUAAUAUAUAUCACAAGGAUUUCGGUUCCAAAAACCGCCCAUUGACACCCUUCUCCCCCCGGCAUUUAGUGUACGCGUAUAACAGCGACUACGACACUGUUAUAAGUAGCACACACACACGCACACAUACACACACACCAACACACACGCUGUUCACAUGGCACCGUUAAAACCACUGCAGGCAAAUGCCCUUAAAACACGCCAGCAAGGAUAUAGGCGCACACAUUAACCAUUACAUUCGCGUGGGCAAACUCGACGGGCCUGUUUUCGUUGUAACUUUGCAAAGUUUAGAUAAGUUUCAUUUGCCCUCUCCCGUGUGUCCCGUGUGGUUUAAUGUCGUUUUAGUUUGAAUUCGUUACAAUUCUCAGGAAAUCAGGUGUUCUAGAUGUUGAUAGUGAUAAAUACGUGUAGCUCCGGUGCAAAAAAGGUAUACAACUCGCAAGCACACACGAUCGUCCCUGUUCCGUUCACUCCCGCGUGGAAAUUGUGCCCGAAAGUAGAUUAAGGUUAUUCGGGGCGGUUUUUUUUAACAUUACCAGUUUGUUGUACAUUUGGGAGGUAAAUGGGUAGUUCUUAUUCAUAACAGUAACAACGCACAAGCCAAACAGCAAACGGUGUAGCGAUAAGUUUGGCAUUUAUGUUUUAGUGUAUCUGAGUUGUUUGGAGUACUGUUGCAGCUGUUCUGCGUUCGAGUUUCCUUCUGUCAAACGAACGUCCUUUGUUAGUCGUCCCUCCCAGUCGAAAGCCGCUGCCCACUAAACGAAGCAUUUAACCCAGAAGCAUUUCAGUUCGCGCGAUAAAAGCUAACGCUGUCCCAGUUCUCAGGCUCGUUGCAAACACGUGAGGUCGUGAGAUUUGUACAUAGUUUAGUUGUUAGAUAGUUUUGCGAGAACAAAAAAUUAGGACGCAAACGAUGACUUUAAGACGUAGACAAACACACACGUACACACACACACACACACAUACAUGUACACAGAUUUGUAGGCGCAAUUUCCGGCGAUCAAUUCCGGAGCAAGCCAAGUUUGAGGCAUUUUCAGUAGAUCGCAAAACUGGUCGCAAAAGAAAACACACACACACACCCACGUUGCGAUCGACGAAACCCCGAUCACGGAUGGAAGAUAAAGGGGAUGGUGUGGAAAACUAAUGAAAUACUGCCAAAGAAUUUUGCUAACGAAGCGGCCACCUCGCGUUCGUUAGUGUUUAGUGUACUAAACUGAUAAAUUGUAGCGUCGGUCUGUGAGGCCUAAAACAGAGAGAGAAAAAGAGAGGAUAGAGAGAACAUUCAUAUGGAAAUGUGUAUUGGCACAGGUAGAACAAAGCAUUGGAAACGGUAGAACAAAAGGAAGCUACGAGCCCCCGUGCUCGUCAUUUAGGAAAAUGGAAAAUUCAGUCAACUAGCAGAGCAUUAUUUGUAGAUUUUUUAGUAACACGAUUAGUAACAGAUAGCUGAACGUUUUGGAUAGAGAUCAGCAGACAACAGAAAAAAUGAAACAGCAACAAAAAAAAAAUACAUCGGUGGACGUAAUUUUGGGUCGUGUAGGGUACCGUGUGGUUGUUCGUUUUUGGUUUUGAUUUUUAUUUUAACUUUAACUAGACGGACAGGCACAGUUAUGCCUUUAUAAGGGGGCCGAAUGUCGGUUUUCAAGUGACAUACGCGUCCCGGAUACGCAAAGGAGUGAUAAACAAACGUAAACCACAACAGAGAGAGAGAGAGAGAGAGAGAGAGAGAGAGAGAAAAAGAGA